AUCUCUACACCAGCUGACGAUCAGUUGUUGCCGAGUCUCCACGUGUUCGUACACAAAGAAAACGGGGAAAUAUAAUAUCAAUUAAAUAUAUAGAAUCUGAUAAAUAGUAAAGGAAAUGCCUGCAACGGGUGACAUCAGGGUUCGCCAGGUGACCGAACCUGAAGCGGAUCGGCUCAUGACCUUCCUGCUGGAGCACUAUUACCGGGAAGAGCCGCUCACCGCAGGCACUUCCCCGCCGGAGCCCACAGCCGACGAUAAGGAGUUCCUGCUCAGCAAUAUUCCAUAUGGAACCUGCUUCCUGGCCGAGGAGGAUCAGGGGAACGGCAGCCGGAUAGUGGGAGCCGUGGUGGCGGGUCCCAAGGAUGCCGGCGGCCCGGAACUGAUGCGCCGGGAGGCGGCUCUGCAUGCUGGCAGCAAGUGGGGUCGCAUCCUGGACGUACUCUCCGCCGUGGAGACGGGCAGCGAUGUCUGUCGACGCUUCAAUGUCCCCAGUAGCCUUCAUGUCCAUGCCUUGGGCGUGAACAGGGAGCUGCGCGGAAAGGCACUUGGCUCCCGGCUCAUGGAGGCCGUGGCCCAGGAGGCCCGGGAGCAGGGCCAUCCCAUCGUAUCCGUGGACUGCACCAGUGUCUACUCGGCACGACUGAUGCAGCGCCUCAACUACGAGCUAGUGCACACCCUGCGCUAUGCGGAUCACCUGGACGCCAGUGGGCAGCAGGUGGUGACUCCACCUCCGCCGCACGAGAGCGUGCAGACCUUCGUGCUGCGGCUCUAGAGCCAUGAAACUCUUGGGGUUCUUAUCGCUGUCACUAAGUGGUCAUAAAACCGCCCAAAAGAUAUAGUUUAUCAGUUCCAUGUAACUUAUGACACUUGCGGCACACUGAAAAUAUUAGGUGAUGUUUUUCGCUACAAAACGAAACCUUUUCUUAAUUUAAUCAUUUAAAAAAGUAUGGUAAUAGAUCAAUUUAAUCAAAUUCUUAUGUUAACGUAACGAAAAAUUGAUAGUUAAGCAACAACUGAUUCUUGGGGCUAAUUAAAAGGUUAGGAAAACUGUAUAAUAAUUUAAAUAAUUCAAAUUAUAUGUUAAUUAUCUCUUAUCAUACUUUUCUGGCUAUUUUUUUUAUUUUUUUUAUUAGAAUAUUGUCUCAAAGCUCCAUUAAAACACUUGAAAACUACUGAAUUUAAUUGAAUUAAAUGCAUUUAAUUGCUUCGAUCAUCCCACUCAUUUAAAUCAUGUUUACUUAACGAAAUCACAAUAAAUACAAAUGCAAUUAUGUAUA